AUGGAGCCAGCUAUUCGUGCAGAGCAGGCUACAAGACUUGAUUCAGGCGAACGCGUAUCUCCAAAGCCGAAAGGAUUAGCCGAACUGGCCAGAGCCGAGGUCGCAUUUUGCAAACCACACAGUUGCCGGAUUAUCGUCCAAAUUGCAGCAUCCGGCCUCUCAUUUAUCCACUCAUUUCAGGUUUAUGAAGCAGGGAAAACACGUUAUCUCGACAGCCAUGGGCCAACAUUGUUACCACCAUUCUUAAUAGCCCCGGCUUACAGACUGUCGGUGGAUCUUGAGCAAGAGGCUUCUCUAUCAUUCAGGCUGGAACCCAGGUUCACCCUCUCGCAGAUCCCUUACCGUACCCCAGAUGAUUCUUCAGUCCUUCGCUGCCUCGGACACAAACAGACUAAUCCGCCUCUUCCCCACGCCCUGGGAACGCGAGACUGGCAACUUCUGGCAAGAAAAGACGGACGUUGGUUGUGCCAGUCAAAGCUGCCUUCAAGAGCCACCAUGCGUCAAUGUGCAGUCGUUUUGACAGACAAACCCGGAACUAAAACACACUCCACCAGCACCGUGCUACAGAGACUUGACAGGUUUCCAUUCUUGAGGCUCGUUUGGCCCAACAAUGUGAUCGAUAUCGCCUCGUUUCCAUAA